UUUUUUUUUGUUUUCCCUUUCUUUUUUUGUCCAUUUUUGAAGAACGUUUUGUAGUCAACAUGUCUUCAGCACUGCAUAAGAAAGAAAGUGUUUCUUCGUCUCAGUCAUCUACCAAUAUUGUUGGUGUUCAUUAUAGAGUUGGAAAAAAGUUGGGAGAAGGAAGUUUUGGUGUUCUUUAUGAAGGACUCAAUUUACUCAACAACCAAUCUGUUGCUAUUAAAUUCGAACCUAGAAAAUCCGACGCACCACAAUUAAGAGAUGAAUACAGGACAUAUAAAGUACUAGCCGGUCUACCCGGUGUUCCGAGUGCUUAUUACUUUGGUCAAGAAGGACUACACAAUAUUCUUGUGAUUGAUUUGCUUGGUCCGAGUCUAGAAGAUUUAUUUGACAUGUGUGGUAGAAAACAUUCUAUCAAGACAGUAGCCAUGUUGGCUAAGCAAAUGAUCAAUCGAGUCGAAAGUGUCCAUGAACGAAAUUUGAUUUAUAGAGACAUCAAGCCUGAUAAUUUUUUGAUUGGUCGUCCUGGAACAAAGUAUGCCAAUAUGGUCUUUUUGAUUGAUUAUGGCAUGGCUAAAUUAUACCGUGACCCCAAGACAAAACAACAUAUACCUUAUAGAGAACGCAAGAGUCUGUCGGGAACCGCAAGAUACAUGAGCAUUAAUACCCAUUUAGGAAGAGAGCAAUCAAGAAGAGAUGAUUUAGAGUCCCUGGGUCAUGUCUUUAUGUACUUUUUAAGAGGUUCGUUGCCUUGGCAAGGAUUGAAGGCGGCUACAAACAAACAGAAAUACGAAAGAAUUGGUGAAAAGAAGCAAACGACUUCGGUCAAAGAAUUAUGUGAUGGAUUUCCAGAGGAAUUUGGUAUCUAUCUACAAUAUGUACGUAAAUUAGGUUUUGAAGAAACACCCGACUAUGAUUUUUUAAGAGAACUUUUCAACAAAGUACUCCGUCGUAUGGGCGAAACAGAUGAUGGCAUAUACGACUGGAUGUUACUUAAUAAUGGCAAGACGGAAACCCGUGAAAGUCGCCGUCAAGCUCGAGAAGAACAAUCUAAGCUUACACUUCAAGGUACGAGUCAUGCUCGUCGAUCCAACGCGCCCAAUUCCGUCAAGCGUCAUGCUUCUCAUCCUAAGUUGAACACAACAAACACGCCUACUAUGACUCCACCUUUACCCCAUAUGCCUUCUACACCUACUGCUGCUAUUACCACGACCAAUGUCAAUGAAUCUUAUACAAAAAUGCCUUCUACGCCUACACAUGGCAAUAUGGACCAACCUACUUAUGAACUACAACCACCAAAAGAACACCGUGGCUUUUGGCAUAGUUUUAUGUCCUUAAUGACAUGUGGUACUCAUUAAUAUUAAUAACAAUAAUCAUAAUCAUAAUCAUAAUAAUUCAAUAGACUGAUUAAGCCAAUAAAAAGAA